AUGAGUCGCGGCGGAAAGCUUGCCCCAGAAGUAAAUCGAGCUCUAUUCGUCAAGAACUUGAGGCAAGUUCUUCGCUGCUUCCACACCCUGCAUUUCGAUUCUAACAUCAAAGAUAGCUUCAACGUCUCCGCCGAGGAGCUCUUCGACCUAUUCGGCAAGUUCGGUCCUGUGCGCCAAAUUCGCCAGGGUAUUGCCAGUAACACAAAAGGCACCGCGUUCGUCGUCUAUGAGGACGUAAUGGACGCCAAACAGGCCUGCGACAAGCUCAACGGCUUCAACUUUCAGAACCGCUACCUAGUCGUAUUAUACCACCAGCCCGACAAGAUGAUCAAGGCGCAAACAGACUUGGCCGAACGCCAGGCCAAUCUAGAAAACCUCAAGCGCCAACACGGUAUCGAUUAG